AUGCGGCGUGCAAGAGCUGUCGACGAGGAGGCCAAAGCGAGGGAUGCAGGGCCACAGCAGCAGGAGGAAGGAGCGCAGCGCUCGCCCCACCCAGGUCGCAUCGGCCCUUUGUCUUCCGGGGUAAAGCUGGCCGCAGUGAUGCUCUGGGUGUGGGGCCUGUACAUUUCGUUCAUCGUCGUGCGGCAGGGACACCGCGAUGGAUCCACUACCACCCCUGUAGUAAAUGUGGGAGAGGCACCUUCGGAUACUCGGCGGCGGCAUGGCGGCGCGGGGGGUAUGGGAGCCAGGCGGCCAACUUUUCGAGAGCUGAACAUGAUAGGGUUCGAGAAAGACAGCGAGGAGGGCGAGGAGUGGAGGACUUGCCGGGCAUACGAGGAGGCAGAGCUGGCUCAACAUAAGAAUAAAAAUCAACUGGGUCAUGACGAGUUCCUCAGACGGGUCCCCCCGAAUCCACAAGCCAAGUGGGAGCUGCAGAUGACGGAAGACCAGGACGCAGAGUGGCUAGGGCUCCACAACUUCGAUAGCAGGUUCGAGUACGGCUCGAAGAAGGCAGACGAACGAGUCAAGAAGCUGGGCUACUGCCGAGUGCACAUGCCGUCCGUUCCCCGCACGGGCAGCACGUGGUUCAGGGCAAUGUUCGAGACGGCCACCUCGCAGCCCUCGUUCUCCAUGUGGCAAGAGGGAGGGACUUUCAAGGAACACUACCGGGCUUUUUCUUCGGAUGACCCCUGCGGUGCUAGCUUGGACCACAUGGAGGGUCGCCUGCAAUCACAAAAGAAGUUUGCCUGCAGAGAUCUCAGGCCGCCGAACGCGACGUCUCCCAUCCUGUACAAGAGCCACACUCCCUUCUUCCCGUCGUACAACAAGCCCAGCCUCAUGCCCGAGGAGACUUGCAUGCUCGUGCUGCUUGUGAGAAACCCGAUCGACAACCACGACGCCUGGCAGAGGUAUAUGUACAAGAAGUCUAUCGUUGUGAGGGAGUACUUGCCGCUGUGGCAGGGGCACCUGUCCCAUUGGGUGGCGGCGGCCGGCGACAUCCCCAUCUACGUCUUCCGAUAUGAGGACAUGCUGCUCAGGGCCGAGGAAGUUCUCAGGAGAAUACUUCACGCUUUACCCGGUGGGUGGAACUGGUCCGAGGACUCGAUUGCCAAGGCGAUGAGGUUGUUCGGCCCCAAGACAGCUUUCGAGGACAAGUGCGGGGCCGGCGUCAGGCAGAUGAGUGUUGCAGAGGUGGAGAUGGUGCGCCUGCACUACGGUGCCUUCAUGCGACACUUGGGAUACCGUUUCAUUAAGAAAUAACGUGAACGUGGGGCUU